AUGGUUCUUGGUGGCUUGGUCGCCAUUUGUGCAGUCAUCUCUUUUUGGCAGUGCUUCAAGUGGCUGAUAGGGCCAAAGCGAACACCGGGUGAUUCGAAAGCUAUUUUCAGAAAGGACUGGGUGAAGCUCGCCUCGCCAUCACCAGAGGCGAUUUAUGAAGUCCUUGCGCUUGUGCGGGCUGCAAAAGAGCAAGAGCAGGCUUAUCUGCACAUUGGAGACCUGGAACGGAGCUUGUACCUGACAUCGGGCCGAGGCCUGGACAUUCGGCUGGUCCGAUGCUGA